AGCAGCGCCCACCGAAAUAAACAGAAGAGCGAGACAGAGUGAGGACGCGGGCGGAGCGAGGCUGCAACUCCACCAGCCCGACCGUGCCGCUCCGGCUCCGGCGCUCCGCGGCCCCUUCCCGCCCCCUGCCUCCCCUCCCUCCCCUCCCCACCCCCACCACCGCCCUUAUUGUUUUUAAUCCGCCUCCGGCACCCCCCCUCCCCCCUCUCCCCUCUCCACGCCCCUCCGCGGAGGCGGCGCGGGGCACCCCCCGGGUCCCUUCGCUCCGUGGGAACCUGCGGCUGCAAGUUUUUCUCCGUGAGAGACACCGCUAAUGCCCGGCGGAGGAUAAAACGAGAGCAGGGGCCCGGGGGUGACGAGGGGCCCGAGGCGGCGGGGAGGGCCGCGGCCCACGCGGGUAGCGGCGCGGAGCAGGGCGGGCUGGCAUCCCGGUGGCGGCGGAGGGGGUGGCGGUGGCGGUGUGUUUGUGUAUGAGUGUGAGUGUGUGCGUGCCGCAGGGAACGGCCAGGCGAGCUUUGCCCCCCCCCCCUCCCCGUCCCCAGCCCCGUCCCUCCCCUGCUCCCCCUCCCCUCCCCUGCCCGCCCCCGCCUCAGCUCCUUUAAUACACUUUGGUUCUCCGCUCGCCUUUGGACUCUGCUCUGCCUGGCUCCGGAUACGGCUCCGGCGGCGGCGGCUGCGGGUCGGUGCGGGCGCGGGCGGCGGCGGGGGGACGCGACGACUGCCGGGGGGAAUCGGCGCGGAGCGGCGGCGGCAGCCCCGCGCCGUGCCGGGCGGGCGACAGCAGCCCGGCAGCGGUAGCGGGGUGGCGACAGCGGCGGCGUCCCUGGAGUGGAGCGGACCAUGCUGCUGGACGCCGGCCCGCAGUUCCCGGCCCUCGGCGUGGGCACCUUCGCCCGGCAUCACCACUCGGCCGCGGCGGAGAUGCAGGACCGAGAGCUGAGCCUGGCAGCACAGAACAGCUUCGUGGACUCGGCGGCGGCGCACAUGGGCGCCUUCAAGCUCAACGCCGGCGCCCACGACCUCUCCCCCGGGCAGAGCUCGGCGUUCACCUCGCAGGCGCCCGGCUACCCCGCCGCCGCCCUCGGGCCCCACGCCGCCCACGUCGGCUCCUACUCCGGGGCACCGUUCAACUCCACCCGGGACUUCUUGUUUCGCAGCCGUGGCUUCGGGGACUCGUCGCCGGCCGGCGGGCAGCACGGCAUCUUCGGCCCUGCGGCCGGCAGCCUGCACCAUCCGCACACGGACGCUCAGAGCCACCUCCUCUUUCCAGGCAUCCACGACCAGCACGGCCCCCACGCGUCUCAAAACGUCCUCAACGGGCAGAUGCGCCUGGGCUUGCCGGGGGAAGUGUUCGCCCGGUCGGAUCAGUAUCGCCAGGUCUCCAGUCCCAGGACUGACCCGUAUUCGGCGGCUCAGCUGCACAACCAGUAUGGCCCCAUGAAUAUGAAUAUGGGCAUGAACAUGGCAGCCCAUCACCACCAUCACCCAGGUGCCUUUUUCCGCUACAUGCGACAGCAGUGCAUCAAGCAAGAGCUUAUCUGCAAAUGGAUCGACCCUGAGCAGCUGAACAACCCCAAAAAAAGUUGCAAUAAAACUUUCAGCACCAUGCACGAGUUGGUCACCCACGUCUCGGUGGAGCAUGUUGGGGGACCCGAGCAAAGCAACCAUGUCUGCUACUGGGAGGAGUGUCCCCGGGAAGGCAAGCCCUUCAAAGCGAAAUACAAACUGGUCAAUCAUAUUCGAGUGCACACAGGAGAGAAACCCUUCCCCUGUCCCUUCCCCGGCUGUGGAAAAGUUUUCGCCAGAUCAGAAAACCUCAAAAUUCACAAAAGGACGCACACAGGGGAGAAGCCCUUUCAGUGCGAGUUUGAAGGCUGCGAUCGGCGCUUCGCCAACAGCAGCGACCGCAAGAAGCACAUGCACGUCCACACCUCGGACAAGCCCUACCUGUGUAAGAUGUGCGACAAGUCCUACACCCACCCCAGCUCCCUGCGGAAGCACAUGAAGGUGCACGAGUCGUCCCCGCAAGGCUCCGAAUCCUCCCCAGCCGCCAGCUCCGGCUACGAGUCCUCCACCCCCCCGGGGCUGGUGUCCCCCAGCGCCGAGUCGCAGAGCACCAGCAACCUUUCCCCGGCUGCGGCGGCAGCGGCGGCGGCAGCGGCGGCAGCAGUGUCCGCCGUGCACCGGGGAGGCGGCAGUGGCAGCGGCGGAGGCGGUGGCGGCGGCCACAGCAGCCUCUCCUCCAACUUCAACGAGUGGUACGUGUAGGGCCCCGCCAGACUGCUCUGCACGGCCCCACCGUGCCCUCUGCUCUCCUCCCGCCCCAGAGGCGGUGGCAGCGGCGGGCAGGAGGGAGCGAAUCCGCCGGAGAUGCGCCAGGAGGUGACACGGCACCCACUGGCAGUGACAUGACGACCGAGCAGGAUGGGGACGGGUUUCUUUAUCUUCCCACACCCCACCUGCCUUCGGGUCUUUUUUUUUGUUGUUGUUGUUGUUGGAAUUUUUUCCUUUCGUUUCUUUCCGAUAACAUUUUGAACAAGAAAAAAAAAAAAAAUCUAUAAAAGUAUGUCCUGACAAUGUAAGAGAAGGAGUAAAUAAACAGAGGAAUGGAAAGAGAAGAGAGAAGGGUGGAAAGACGAGCCUAUAUGCCAUCAACACACCACCCAGCAAAACUCUUCCCAAGCCAACGGAAAGAAACUCUCUCUAGAGCCUUCAGACAAAAGAUCAGAGACUCAAACCCCUCUGGCCCUGCGCCUGCUGGUCCGGAGCAGUCAGCAGCCUCCUGCCCCACGAACUGUGUACAUAGCGGCCCUCUCCUUCCUCUGGUGAGGUGGGAAACAAAGUUUUCCUGGAUUCUUGGUGUAUAGAAGUUUGUCCCUUUUGUAAACCGCGGAUUGGUUCUUUUCUUUCUUAUUCUUCUUUUUUAUUGUUUUUGGUCCUUUUUUUUUUUUUUUGUGGGGGCGGGUGUCUUUCUUUUUUCCUCUUCUUCCCUGAGAAAGUGAUGGACUUGUUUUCUUUUCUCCCAUUCCCCCUCCUUGCCUCCCUCUCUCCUAAUUUUUUUAGUUCACUCCUUAUAAAAAAAGUAACGUGGAAGAAAAAAUGGUUUCUUUUGUAAUUGUGAUAUCUUGAAUAUUGUGUUCCUUUUUAAGAGGCAACUUGAUUGUAAACUGCAUUUCAACUAUAGACUGGGGGAGAAAUACCGUGCCAAAGUCUCCAUUCUGUUACAGACACACACACGAACAACGCUUGUGAAUGUAUUUUUUUCUGUUAGCUGGGUUUACAUGUGAUGUUUUAGUGCUUUUGCAAGUUCAAUUUGUUAGUUCCUGUUCAGAAGAUUGUGAGAAAAAAAAAAAAAUAAACGUCGUGCCGUUAGCUUUUCUGUAAUAACACCCUUCCUCCUGUAAAUACCUGUUACCAUAUUUAUCCAUUUGUAAUUAAAUUAUGGUAUUAACUUGCUACAGAGGAAACAGUAUUUAUAAAGAAUGUUUCUUAACUAUAAAUAUGUACAAUUGUGAGCAUAAACUGUUUCAGAUUUUUUAUUUGAAGGUUUUAAGUGGUUUCAUCAUUUCUUGUGAUAUGUUUUGAGAGUAAUGCAUACAGAAAUAUAAUAAAACGUGUUGAAACUGCAA